UUCUUACUGUCUCUGAGUGAGUUAUAUUCUUACUUUCUCUCAGUGAGUUAUGUUCUAACUGUCUCUGAGUGAGUAGUAUUCUUACUGUCUCUGAGUGAGUAAUAUUCUUACUGCCUUUGACUGAGCUAUAAUCCCACUGUGAAGGCCUUUCCUGUUCCUCUGAUGCUGCCCAGCCUGCUGUGCUCCUCCAGCCCCACACUGUGUUAUCUCUGGCUCCAUCAUCGGCAGUUUCUACUAGCUCCAACUUAACAGAAGAGGCCGAGUUUCUCUUCAUGACUCUUUCCCUCUGACAGUUUGACCUGAGCUGAGAUUUCAGAGGAUUCAGUGAAUUGUGGAAGUGGGUAGAUGUAUGAGUUGGAAUCUUGGAUUGUGUUGGAGAUGAUUUUGCCUGGAAUUGAUCGAUGCUGAUAGAGUUGAGUGGGCUAGGUUUAAAUUGCUCUACACUGAGUUCAAAUACUCUCAACAGGACACAUACCUUUCGAGACUAUAAUGAUGCAAUGAUUCCUGGUGAGAUUUGAGGUUGAGGUAAAAUGUUUGGGAUUUCUGCAAGGAGAUUUCUAGUAGAGGGAGAAGGAGGCAAGAUUUCUGGUAGAUUUUUAAUUUGUGAGGAGUGACCCCACAAUCUCGCAACAAAAAUGUCACUAAUGAUAUGGGCUGCAGUGCCUAGGGAAAACCGAGACUCUCUGAUUGAUAGGGCUGAAUCACUACCUGACAGCCAAUAGCCUACGGACCACAGAAUGAAAUCAGGAGUUAGUCCCACCCCCAGAAAUUUAAACAAACAUCAUUCCCAAUUCCCAGGAAAUACAGAGAAAAGCAUCACUAUCUGGUACUGACACGAUUGCCUGAGGGAGAGAGAGAGGGGGAGAGAGAGACGGAGGAGGAGAAAGUCAUGUAGAUACAGAGUGAAGGGGAGUGUGGGGUAAGGUGAGAGAUAGACAGAAGUGAAACAGAGAGAAAGGAAAAGAGAAAGACAGCAAGAAGAGAGAGAGAGAGAGUGUGUGUGUGUGUGUGUGUGUGUGUGUGCGUGUUUGUGAGUGUGUGAGUGUGUGUGUGCGCGUGUUUGUGAGUGUGUGAGUGAGUGUGUGUGUGUGUGUGUGUGUGUGUGUGUGUGUGAGAGAGAGAGAGAGCGAGAGAGAGAGAGAGUCAGACAGGGAAACAUAGAGCCAGAAAGUGAAAGACAGGCAAAAAAGGUAGUUGGAAAGGGUGAGAGAAAGUGAGAAGAGAAGGUGUAUUUGUAACAAUUACAAGCCAGAAAAGGAGACAAAUAGAAUUAAAAGCCACUGCAUAAUUAAGUGUAGGAGUCAGGAGACAGAGAGGGGGUGAAGAAUUCUUUUUGCAAUUGCUGGACAUUGAGGGAGAAGAGCUGGCUGCAAAGAGACACUGAACAAAGCAGGGUUGUGUCCACUGUUGCCCAGCUGAGGUGAGGCUGGGAUCCAGCUGCCCUGGGUCUAUGCUGCUGCUGCUAGCUGCUCUCUCUGUGCCUUCAGAUCCUGCUCAGUAACAUCUCCUCAGCAGAUCCCAGGGAUUUUAGCAAUUGGAAUAUAUUCCAGUGGGCUUCAACUUGUGGAAGGAGACUGAAGGGAAUUGCGAGAAGCGAAAGGAAUCCAAGAUGGAAAAUCCGCCUGGGCUGCUGACACCACCGACACUGAUGGUGCUGUCAUCUACAACAGGAAGUACCAGGGGCACUACCACCCUCUGCCAGCAGGCCCGAACCUUCGCCGUGCCAGUCACCAUGGAAAAAACGGCCCAGGUUCCUUUCCUGAGCCCCACGUACACAUUGGCACCCGUGUAUCAUCAAGCUGAGCGGUCCAAUGUAGAGUACCCGGUCCCACUCCUACACCUGCACCCGCAGUUUGGCAUGCUGGGGUACGGCGCCAUUCAAUCCUUCCCACCUUUUCAGGAGGUUGAGCGUUACCGGCCUGCAUACCUCCCCUCAAAGAGGCUGAAGCACCUUCCGAAUGUGGAGCCUCCACAAAUCAGGUACCUCGCCUCAGACCGAGACUUCAAAAAGUACCGUGCUGACCUUUCUGCCAGCUCCCUAGCAACUGCAAAACGCGAUCCAGCAGGAGGGCCGGGAACCACCUCCAACUCUGAUGUUCUGUGGAAGAACCCCCAGCAAGAUAGCACUAAAAAUGCGAAGACCACACACAACUGCUCCAUUUUUCUGAGGUGCCCUCUGUGUGAGGAGGAGUUAAAACGAGGAGAUCUGCAGCAACACCUACAGCAUGAAUUGGAGAGACUAACUGUGGUCAGCGCCAGCUCCAAGGAGAAACAGCCGAAAGACAGUGUGUCACUCCAACCAAUGCAGUCUCCUCCCAUUAAGGAAGAAGUGAUGUCGCCCAGUGCCUCACCAAUCUCCACAGGUGAGGGCCACCAUUUAGAAAGACAACAGACUUUCCAACAAGUAAAAAUUAACAGAGCAAGUCGACUCAAUGCAAGGGCAAAGAGGCGCAGAUGGAUCAGGCCCUCAGAUGAAGAUCAGAUUGAUGGUCCCUAUCUUAAGGAGCCGAGGUUCCUGGACACAGAGGAUGAAAGCCCGAGUGGAACUCACUGCGUGGAACAUGUCUGGCACAGCCUCGGCAGGAAUAGCACACAGCAAUUCCACGAGCUGAGAGGAUCAAACUCUUGCACAACACAGAGUUUGACAAGUAGAGACAGCGAUGGAGAUCUCGACACUGACAGAGAUGAGAUACCACUUUUCACUAAGUUUAAAUGUUCAGCAGCAGAGGGCCCGAAUGGUCAGGCACAGAAGCUGGUAGAAGCGCAGGACCAGCACAGUGUGAUGAUAAGAAUGGUUAACCCUGUGGUGGACAGAGGUGUAACCUCAGACAUCCUGAAAGCCCGGAUCAGUGAGCUCACACAGAAGCUGUUACAGAGGGAAACCUACAGAUGCCAUGUGUGUAUGGGAUCGUACUCUUUCCCGGUGGCAUCAAUCCAAUGUUGGCACAUUCACUGUGAGGAAUGUUGGCUUCGCACACUGGGGUCAAAGAAGCUGUGCCCACAGUGUAACACCAUCACGUCACCGGGUGACCUACGCAGGAUCUACCUGUAGAAGAUCCCACUGUAUUCUGAAGUGACACCAGCCUUGGAUCCCAGGAGCAGUGAUCCCAGGAUCUCUCGGAUCUGAACAGUCCUCAGUGUGGGGCUUCAUGAAAUGAUUUUGAAGAAUUGAUGCUAAUUUUCAAGUCAGAAUGUCAAAGGCUUUGCUCCAUGGUUUCCCUGAGGUUAAUAAACUGACAAAUCCAAGCCUGAGGGAGACCCUGUUGUCGUACCCAUUUCUUGUCUUAAUUCCAUGGUCUAAGGACUGUGGUAAGGAGGUGAUGUGGGGACUACCCUGAAGUGAAGGGACAGAUCACUGUUUGAGCCGGACACCUCUCCCAGCUCACUGCUGAAAGAGUGACAUGUUCAUUCUCUACACAAAACAUCAGUGUUUGCAGAUUUCCCGUUUCUGCAUUUGCGCUUCCACUUGACGUUUAAACACUCUCUGCCCGCGAUUCCUCUUUCUUGUCACUCCCUCACUUUGUGUACUAU